UACACAGCUCUCAAAGAACACAAACACAUUCCAAAUUCUGCAGAAAUUGGAACUCACUCACACAAAUUCAUGACUUAAGAAUUGACGCAAACAGAAGGGAGAAGAAAGAGAAGGAAGCAAAUUUGGGGGAAGAAAAGAGAAGGGUUUGUGAAAAGUGGAAGCUUUCUACUGUUGAAUAAAAGGGCUUGUUGUUUAAAAAUUGGAGCAAUAGGUGUUGAAGGUUGUUCCUUCCACAUUUCGUAAGAGGAAAUCUUCAGCAAUCUCAAAGGGUAUCAGGAAUAUGGAGGCAAAUCCACCGCAUGAUCAUGAGGAUCAAGAGGAAUAUAUUUUGCUUGAUUUGGAUGGUGUUUCUGGCCUAAUUGAUCUUCCACCAAAUGCAAAGUAUGUUCUAACUGGCCUUGAUACAUUAAACCCAGUAUUGAUCAUUGAUGACAAAUUCAAGCUGAUUGGGGAAUAUGAGGAGACAAUUGGCACGUGUAUUGCCUUUACAGAACAAGAUACCCCUGUGGUUCAUGAAGAGACAGGACCAUCUGAAGUGAACCUUUUCUCAGGAACAAGAGUAAUUGAUUCAAGUCAACCUCCUACAAAGCAAGUGAGACCUGUGUGUCAGCUUCAUAAGGUUCUCAAGUUUAAAAUAUCACCUGAUUCUGAAAUUCAGAGUGCCACAGCAAAGAAAGCCAAAUGAAACUCGAAACAUUAACAUGGGAAUUGAUGGCAAUUUUGUGUACUUUGGUGGGCAAUGUCUUGCUGGUGAUUUGUGUAGUACAGUGGCAGCAGUGCGGAGAGCUUUUUCCAUUGGAUUUUAUUCUAGAUAUGUACAGAGAACCUUUUUCAAUAGGGGGCACAUUGUUCUUUGAUACAUGUUUAAGGAACAUGCCUUAUUCAAUUAUUUAUUAUUAUUAUUAUUAUUAUUAUUAUUUUAUUUGGUGAUAAAAAAAAUCUCGUAAUAUAAGUAGUAUUUUA